AACAGAAGUGCCCAAUACUCACCCCAAUAUACGGCCCCACAAACAGCCAGAUAGCACCUACAGCUGCACCCCCAGUCUGAUCAUUUACCCCUCACUGAGAGACCAGGGGGCAGAAUAUACCUGCAGGGUGGCACAUCCCAGUCUGGGGGAACCCAUAGACACGAGCACUGGGAGGAUCAAGGUUAUGGGUUGGACUGAAACUGACAAAGUGAAAGCUGUAAGUUCCCUAAUGGAGAAGAGUUGGGGCAGAUGGGUUUAUACAGGAUCUUAUAUGCUGAAAUGAUUACCCCUAUCUGGGGCAGGUAAAUUCCUAUAAAUCGGGAACCGACUACUGGACCCCCUAGGAAACUGCAGAGGAACCAACAGAACCUUGGGAUAAAGACUGGGGGGGAAGGGAGGCACCAUGUUCCUUACCCACCGGUACCGGUACCGGCUGAUCCGUCUGUUCCUUCUCCUCUGGCACCAAACAGGUGCAGUUCUGGGCAUCUUUACUUCUUCCCAAUGUGCCCUCGCUGGCUCUGAUGUUCUUCUGCCCUGCAGCUUCCAAGUGGAUAAACCCCCCCCAAACCCUGAACCCCCAACUGUAAUCUGGUACUUUCACAAUCAGGAAAUUGUAAGAUCUGAUAACAAAGGUUUGUCCCUCAGCCCAAGGGCUUCAUUCAAUGGACAGGCAGCAAAUAUGGGAGAUGCCUCCUUGUCUCUGGCCAACGUGUCCAUCUCGGAUGAAGGGAUCUACAGGUGUCACGUGAUCUAUCAGCAGCAACCCAGAGACACCCGGGUCAUAUUAGAGGUUCUUGUUCCCCCACAGAUCCGUAUCCCCAGUAAAGUUAUCAGUAAGAAUAAGGAGAACACCCUGAUCUGCACGGCCAAUGGUUUCUACCCAGUGGAUAUUGACGUGAGUUGGUAUAAAGACAAUAACCACCUUACAGAGUCCCAGUUGGACAAACCAGAGAGGAACCCAGACGGCACAUACAGAGUGAGGGGCACCGUGACGUUACCCCCAAUGGAUGGGCAGAUGGACCAUAACUUCUCCUGCAGAGUCCAACAUCGCUCUCUCCAGCAGCCUCUCCAGGAAGAUGCCCAGUUGGAGUAUGAAGAUAACAGCGCCAGAACUGUUGGAGCCAGAACCUUUGGAGCCAGAACCUGUGGCAUUGCUGGGGGGCUGUUACUGGUGGGAGGUGUAAUUGGUGCCGUAAUAUGGAAACAGAGAAGGAAAGCUCUGUUACAGGGUUACACGGUGAGUGGGAUUAAAGGGCCAGAGAAGCUGUUGGAUGGAGAAGAGGCCACUCUGUACUGUACGGCCACUAACUGCCCCCAGGGGAACCCACAGGUCACAUGGAGUGAGGAGAGGGCAGGAAAGCAGCGGGAGAUACCCCAGUGCCACCCGGGGGGCCCAGGGGAAGCAGAACGGCUGUUGGGGGGCUCCUACUUCAUCACCUGUAGGAUAGUGGGGCUGCAAACCUACUGCUCCUCCCUGAGAUUUGUACCCCGUGUGGGGCAACACAGAGAUGUGACCCUGAUCUGCAGGUUUGUCUGCGAUGGGGCAACUACGGAGAGGAGAUUCCCCUGUGCCACCAUCUAUGCCAAACCAGCGCCGGCAUCAGUGGUACCAACUCUGUGUGACUCUGGGGAGAUCCUGUACUCUCUCACCCUGCGGGGAUUCUACCCCAGAGAUAUCUCCAUCACAUGGACCUGUGGGGCAGGAGAUUCCCAGGACAGAAUAUUAUCCACAGAACUAUAUGAGGAGAAUCCGGAUCUCACAUUCAGUUUGUGUAGUGAGGCCAGAAUUCCUGGGGAUCAGUAUAAAGAUCCGGCAUUCCGAGUGGGUGUGGCCUGGGAACAUGGUUCCUUGGAUGCCCCGGGAUACAGAGAGAUCUCUGCACAGGAUCCAGAAUUCCCAUGGAAACCAGCAGUGGAGCCAAUACAGGAGGCUCAGUUUCUCCAUAACAGCCCCACCACCCUGCGGUGCAAUAUCUCGGGGUAUUUCCCAGAUGCCCUGACAGUGACGUGGCUGCGGAAAGGGGCAAAAAGUGAGGGACUAACAGAAGUGCCCAAUACUCACCCCAAUAUACAGUCCUGCAAACAGCCAGAUAGCACCUACAGCUGCACCCCCAGUCUGAUCAUUUACCCCACACUGAGAGACCAGGGGGCAGAAUAUAUCUGCAGGGUGGCACAUCCCAGUCUGGGGGAACCCAUAGACACGAGCACUGGGAGGAUCAAGGUUAUGGCUAAACCCGUGUGUCGGGAUCCGGUACAAGUUAAACUUCUCAGUAACGGCAGAGUUCGGUUCUACCUCACCCUACGGAGCUUCUACCCCCGAGAUAUUCACAUCAAAUGGAACCUUGGGGAGACACGAUAUACUAAGCCCCCCACAAACACAGUCACCAAAUCAGAUCUCACGUAUGAUAUCACCAGUGUCUGUAGCCUCCCUGGGUAUCUGUUCUGCAAUCCCAAAUAUAAAGCCCAUGUGACCUGGAACCAUGUGACUAUGGAAGCCCCUGAGUCCCGGGAACUGUGUGUAACAGAAUUCCCAUGGAAACCAGCAGUGGAGCCAAUACAGGAGGCUCAGUUUCUCCAUAACAGCCCCACCACCCUGCGGUGCAAUAUCUCGGGGUAUUUCCCAGAUGCCCUGACAGUGACGUGGCUGCGGAAAGGGGCACAAAGUGAGGAACUAACAGAAGUGCCCAAUACUCACCCAUAUAUAUGGCCCCACAAACAGCCAGAUAGCACCUACAGCUGCACCGCCAGUCUGAUCAUUUACCCCUCACUGAGAGACCAGGGGGCAGAAUAUACCUGCAGGGUGGCACAUCCCAGUCUGGGGGAACCCAUAGACACGAGUACUGGGAGGAUCAAUGUCAUGGCUAAACCCGUGUGUCAGGAUCCGGUACAAAUGGAUCUUCUCACUAACGGCAGAGUUCAGUUCUCCCUCACCCUACGGAGCUUCUACCCCCAAGAUAUUGAGAUCAAUUGGAUCCUUGGGGAGACACAAUAUACUCAGCCCCCCACAGACACAGUCACCCAAUCAGAUCCACUCACGUAUGAUAUCACCAGUGUCUGUAGCUUCCCCGGGAAUCUGUUCUGCAAUCCCGAAUAUAAACACCAUGUGACCUGGAGCCAUGUGACUAUGGAAGCCCCUGAGUCCCGGGAACUGUGGGUAACAGAUUUCCCCUGGCGCCCACAGGUAGGAGAGAUCCGGGUUCUCACACUGGGGAAGGAGAAAGUGGCACUGAGCUGUAGGGUCUCUGGGUACUUCCCUGAUGCCCUGACUGUCAGCUGGUUCAGGAAGGGGAAAGGAGACCAAUCAGAGGUCCCACUGCCUGCCCAUUCCUCAUGGUUCUCAGACUUGUUAAAGAAGAUGAAAGGAGACCAAUCAGAGGCUGCCCUGCCUGCCCAAUGGGAUGGACCAAUGAUUACUGAUAUAUGUAACAAGGAGAAAGGAGACUGGGUAGAACUUGGCGUGCCUGCCCAUUCUGAUGGGUCACAGAUCACAGACACAAGUAAGAAGGAGAAGAAAGGAGACCAAUCAGAGGCCUCACUAAGCACCAAACGCUAUAAAGUACCAGAACCCAAAUCUCAGAGGCAGGAGAAUCAGACAUUUACAUGUGAAACAGAAUUAUCCUUCUCCCCAGAGCAGAAGACUGACCAAGGGGCUGAAUUCAUCUACAGAGUGGGGCACCCCAGCCUGGGGCAGUUAGUAGAGAGAAGGGCCGGCCCAUUAGUGAUCCCUGAAUAAUCCCCAUUCCUGCCCAUAACUCCCCCAAUGUAUUUGUUAUAUAUUUAUACACAUGAGCGCAGAAAGUCUACAGUCAUUAAGCAUCACUAUCCAAGCCCGCAUUUAUAACACACCUCUGGGAAAAUAUGUACCCCCCCCAAUCCACCAACUAUGGCUGGGCCAAAUGCAGAAGUACACAGACUGCAUGCAAUACUUACUGUAUAUACCAAAAGAACAACCCCUGAGAGGUUGGACAAGUUAUGGGGCUCUUGGCCAACCCCCUAAGGUACCAACCCACAAACGCUACAGCCUAGCACCGAAUAAGCGCCAUCGAGCCACCCUACCCACUGUAUGUCCAUGGCAAACCCUACACCCCUUUACUUGCCCGUUACAUUGUUAAUUAUUGGUUCUUGUUAUUUAUUUUAUUUCAUUUAUUUGCAUAUCCGGAUUUUGUAAAUAAACUGCUCCACCUGACAGUUAUAUAUAUAUAUAGAGUACAAUGCCAACCCUACGCACUCUGUAAGUAACUACUGCAAUAUUUAAAAGUUUUUUUUAAAAAAAUGUUGAUGUGUAAUGACAGAUGUACAUGCAAUAUACAAUAAUAGAUCAA